CUCUCUCUUGCUCCACUCUCGGCUCGGCUUCGCAUCCUCCCAAUUGCUCCGCUUUUUGGCUUCGAAGCACUGCGAAUCGGAGCGAAGGGAGGUUCCCAGUGCUCUGGUUGUCUCGUUUUCGCUUUGUUUCUGGGAUUUGGGAGCUCUUUGGAGUGGAGUUUGGGUGAGUUUUAGCUGGAGAUGUGCUGGAUGGGCGUGUAGAAAGGGGGCACGGGUGGGGCUGGAUUGGCAGUGUUUUGAUCCGGUGGGGUGGUGGGGAGUUGCUGGAUCUGUUUGGAUUUGAUGAAAAGGGUGUUCCUUUUCUCCUCCAGCCAACUUAAAAAAUUGGAAAACUCUGCAACAAUAUAACCUUCCAUACCCAAAAUGCUAUCAUGGUGGGGGAAAUCUUCUUCUAAAGAUGCCAAGAAGAAGACAGCGAAGGAAAAUUUCAUUGAUACAAUACAUCGACUUAUCAGUCCGGCAGAACAAAAAGGUUGCAAUGUGAGAGUAAGAGGAAGACGAACGCAUAGCAGCACAACUUCUCAGAAAGGAUCACUGUCAAGAGCAGAAUCACGAUGCACAUCACCCUCUUCUCAAGUGUCACGCUGUCAAAGUUUUGCAGACAGGCCACGUGCUCAACCACUUCCCCUUCCUGGGCUUCAAUCAAACAUAACACGUACUCCAUCUGGAGUUAGUGUUUCCAAGUCAGUGGUGGAAAAACGUGGCAAACCGCAGCUUCAUCUUCCACUUCCUAAUCCCGGGCGUCUUCCUAGAAGACCAGAUGCUGCUGAUACUGAUGGAGAUUUGGCAACUGCUUCUGUUUCUAGCACAUGCUCCAUUGAUAGUGAUGAUCCAGCGGACUCUAGACUUCCAAGUCCUGUUGGGAAUGAUGUUGAUGGGGGUGGUAGAGCUACUUCGAAAAACAAUUCCAGUGUCCCAGCGAGAGACCAGUGUGCUGUUGGCACUCAAAAAAACUCAAAAGAGAUGUUGAUGCCGGUUAAUCUACCGCCAAACAACCAGAUUCUCUCAACAUCAACAAGGUUAGGAGGUCUUAGCAAUUUUCAGUCCAAUACACACAGUCCUCGUAAUGGUGCUUUUGCAAGUGCUCCUGACAGUUCAAUGUCAAGUCCUUCUAGAAGUCCUAUGAGAACAGUUUGCCCUGAGCACAUUCCCACAUCAGCCUUUUGGGCAUCAAAGCCUUAUCCAGACAUACAUUUUCUUGGAUCUGGCCAAUGUUCAAGUCCAGGUUCUGGCCAGACUUCUGGGCAUAAUUCUAUGGGGGGAGAUAUGUCUGGACAGUUAUUUUGGCAGCUUAGCAGAGGUAGCCCAGAAUGUUCACCAAUUCCUAGCCCUAGAUUGGCUAGCCCUGGUCCAAGCUCCAGAAUUCAAAGUGGCGCUGUUUCUCCACUUCAUCCAAGGGCUGGUGGGACAGCGCCUGAAUCACCAACUAAUAGGCCUGAUGAUGGGAAGAAGCUAAGCCACCGGCUACCAUUGCCCCCAAUAAAUAUAACACAUCCUUCACCUUUCUCUCCAACCAAUUCAACCUCAAAUACACCAUCCUCAAUACCUCGAAGUCCAGGAAGGGCAGACCAUCCUGCAAGCCCUGGGUCUCGUUGGAAGAAAGGAAAGCUAAUUGGUCGCGGCACGUUUGGACAUGUGUUUGUUGGUUUUAACAGUGAUAGUGGUGAGAUGUGUGCAAUGAAGGAGGUCACACUUUUCUCUGAUGAUGCCAAGUCAAGAGAAAGUGCAAAGCAGUUGGGGCAAGAAAUAUCUCUUUUGAGUCGGUUGCGGCAUCCAAACAUCGUGCAGUACUAUGGAUGUGACAUGAUAGAUGAUAAACUAUACAUCUACCUGGAGUAUGUAUCUGGUGGUUCUAUCCAUAAGCUUCUUCAGGAAUAUGGGCAGUUUGGUGAACAAGCAAUUCGAAACUAUACCCAACAAAUCCUUUCAGGUUUAGCAUAUUUGCAUGCUAAGAAUACUGUCCAUAGAGACAUUAAAGGUGCUAACAUACUAGUAGACCCCAGUGGGCGUGUAAAGCUUGCUGAUUUUGGGAUGGCAAAACAUAUCACCGGACAAUCAUGCCCCUUAUCAUUCAAGGGAAGUCCCUACUGGAUGGCACCCGAGGUUAUUAAAAACACAAAUGGUUGCAGUCUGGCUGUGGAUAUAUGGAGUCUUGGAUGUACUGUUUUGGAAAUGGCUACAUCAAAACCACCUUGGAGCCAAUAUGAAGGGAUUGCAGCCAUGUUUAAGAUUGGUAACAGCAAGGAGCUACCUGCUAUACCUGAUCAUCUUUCAGAAGAAGGGAAAGAUUUUAUUAGACUAUGUCUGCAACGUGAGCCUUCAAGCCGUCCUAAAGCUGCUGAGCUUUUGCAGCAUCCAUUUGUGAAAAAUGUGGCUCCAGUGGAAAAAUCUAUUCUUAGUUCUGAACCUAUAGAACAUCAUACAGGUGUCUCAAAUGGAGGAAGUUUCAGGGUUGUUGGGCAUGUGAAGAAUCUGUCGUCCUUGGACAUAGAAGGACAACUGAAUCAACAGAUUAGAGGUGCAAGAACUGCUCUAUUGACAAGUGAUAUUCAUGCAAGGAACAUAUCAUGCCCGGUGUCUCCUAUUGGAAGCCCCUUGCUAAAUUCAAGGUCUCCACAACAUAUCAAUGGAAGGAUGUCUCCUUCUCCAAUAUCAAGCCCUAGAACAACCUCUGGUUCUUCAACACCCCUCACAUGUGGCAAUGGUGCUAUUCCAUUUAAUCAGCCGAAGCAGUUGACUUUUCUUCAUGAGGGUUUCACCAACACAGCAAGGUCCCAAAAUAAUCUCCACCCUCCAGGCUCCUCCUUUCAUGAUACAAAGCUAAAUCUUUAUCAUGGAGUGCAGCAAAGCUCUUCUUCUGUUUUUCGCGAACAGUUAACAUCUGAAACUGACAUUCUUGGCCUUCAGUUUGGAAGGAUUGCUAAUGGUCAUCUACGGGAACCAAGUGAUAAACAGUUCAUGUUGGCCAACCAUGUUUCUCAGCAGCAUUUUAGAGAACAUGUAAAACUGAAUCCAUCUAUAGACCUCAGUCCCAGUUCUUCAAUACUCGAUCACACAAGCGGUACCUGAUUCUGUAAAGCUGUGAAAGUAUGGAGGUGUGUCUGUGCUCAUUUAUCAUUUCCAACAAAAUUAAAUUAAUGUCAUAUAGCAGCAGAGAAAUAUUCUUGUAUGAUAAGGCCCAAAUUUAACAACCAAAUAAAUUUUCAAUGGUUGGAGGCUGAAGCUGACUAUCUGAGUUUCCGUCUUCAUCACCGCUGAGCAUAUUCAUACUGAUUAGCAAGCAACGAAUGAAAUUUUUUUCAAACCAGCAGUUUUAAUUGAACUACGAGACUAUCAACAGUACCUGAUAUCGCACGGUAAACUGUACAUUUAUCAUCUCACAUCUGAAGCUGAGAAAUCCAGUAGUAGUAGAACAGACAUUCCUUUGUGUUACUUUUGGUCCUUUUUUCUUCUUUAUUUCCUUCUCUUCAAUGGCUGUGACGAUCUUUCGGAGAUGCUCUCAUGAUGUACAGAAAACAAGUAACUUUUAUUUGCUCAGAUUCUUCGUCACAGAAAUGCAAGAUCAAUCCUUCUGGUACUUGUUCUAAUAACUGUUAAACUGUUGUAGAAUUCAAUCUGCAUUUCUUACCGACAGUUGCUGUUAUGUAUA